GCAGAGACCAUCGAACCAGCGAAACAGCUAGCAACAUAUCCAAGAUGUCAGCCGAAGGCGAAGAAGAAUUACUCGACUACUCCGACUCGGAAGAAGUCAACAACCAACAACAAGCGGAAGGCGGCGACGCAGCAGUAAAGAGUGAAGAAACUGACAAAAAGGGCUCCUAUGUCGGUAUCCACACGACUGGGUUCAGAGACUUCCUCUUGAAGCCUGAGUUGUUGAGAGCCAUCGCCGACUGCGGUUUCGAGCAUCCUUCGGAAGUGCAGCAAUCCUGUAUUCCGCAAUCGAUCUUGGGUAACGACGUCUUGUGCCAGGCCAAGUCCGGUUUGGGUAAGACUGCGGUCUUCGUCCUCUCCACGUUGCAACAGUUGGACCCUACUCCGGGCGAGAUCUCCACCGUGGUCAUCUGCCACACGAGAGAAUUGGCGUACCAGAUCAAGAACGAGUACACGAGAUUCUCCAAGUACAUGCCGGAGGUCAAGACCGAGGUUUUCUACGGUGGUGUGCCAAUCCAAAAGGACAUUGAGAUCUUGAAGAACAAGGAGACCUGUCCCCACAUUGUGGUUGGCACCCCCGGCAGGUUGAACGCCUUGGUGAGAGACAACCUGAUCAACCUGAAGCACAUCAAGAACUUUGUUGUCGACGAGUGUGACAACGUUUUGGAAAACAUCAACAUGAGAAGAGACGUCCAGGACAUCUUCAGAGCCACUCCGUUCCAGAAGCAGGUCAUGAUGUUCUCCGCCACCUUGUCCAACGAGAUGAGACCAAUCUGCAAGAAGUUCAUGAAGAACCCGCUCGAGAUCUACGUCGACGACGAGAAGAAGUUGACGCUCCACGGCUUGCAGCAGUACUACAUCAAGCUGGCCGAGGAGAAGAAGAACGUCAAGUUGGCCGAGUUGUUGGACUCGUUGGAGUUCAACCAGGUGAUCAUCUUCGUGAAGUCCACCAAGAGAGCCACCGCCUUGAACCAGUUGCUUGUAGAGUCCAACUUCCCGUCCAUCGUGGUCCACUCCGGCAUCCCACAGGAGGAGAGAAUCCAGAGAUACAAGCUCUUCAAGGAGUACAACAAGCGUAUCUGUGUCUCGACCGACGUUUUCGGAAGAGGUAUCGACAUCGAGAGAAUCAACUUGGCCAUCAACUACGACAUGCCCAGCGAGGCCGACCAGUACUUGCACAGAGUCGGCAGAGCCGGUAGAUUCGGUACCAAGGGGUUGGCUGUCUCCUUCAUUGCUGCCAAGAAGGACCAGGAGAUCUUGGACAACAUCCAGGACAGAUUCGACGUCAAGAUACAGGAGUUCCCUGCCGAGGGCGUCGACCCUUCGACAUACAUGAACACCUGAGCGCCCUGUGCCUCCUCUUUUUGUAAUUGUAAAACAACACUUAAAUAAAAC